AUGCCUGGACUCCCUUCCCCCGUGCCCCGCGGUGGCUGUUGCCGGGGGCAGCCAGGGCCUAGGACCUUCCUGCAGAAGACAGCCAUCAUUCUGUGGCUGCUGUUGUCUGGUGCAGCCCUGCGCCCCACGCGGGGGCAGACCAGCAUUCCUCUGGAGACAGUGAAGCUGUGGGCAGAUACCUUUGGCCGGGACCUAUAUAACAUGGUGACCAAAUACUCAGGCUCCCUUUUGCUGCAGAAGAAGUACAAGGAUGUGGAGCCCAGCCUGAAGAUUGAGGAAGUGGAUGGCUUGGAGCUGGUGAGGAAGUUCUCAGAGGACAUGGAGAACAUGCUGCGACGCAAGGUUGAGGCUGUCAAGAAUCUGGUGGAAGCUGCCGAGGAGGCUGACCUGAAGCAUGAGUUCAAUGCAUCUCUGGUGUUUGACUAUUAUAACUCAGUCCUGGUCAACGAGAAAGAUGAGAAGGGUAACUACGUAGAACUGGGUGCCGAGCUAAUCCUGGAGCCCAACGCACACUUCAGCAACCUGCGGGUAAACACCUCCAUCAGCAGCGUGCAGCUGCCCACCAAUGUGUACAACAAAGAUCCAGAUAUUCUAAAUGGAGUCUACAUGUCUGAAGCCUUGAACUCCGUUUUUGUGAAGAAUUUCCAGAGAGACCCUACCUUAACCUGGCAAUAUUUUGGCAGCUCCACUGGGUUCUUCAGGAUCUAUCCAGGUAUAAAAUGGACACCUGAUGAGAAUGGAGUCAUUGCCUUCGAUUGCCGAAACCGUGGCUGGUACAUCCAGGCUGCCACCUCUCCCAAGGACAUAGUGAUCUUGGUGGACGUGAGUGGCAGCAUGAAGGGGUUGAGGAUGACCAUUGCCAAGCAUACCAUCGUCACCAUCUUGGACACCUUGGGAGAGAACGACUUUGUCAACAUCAUCGCGUACAACGAGUACGUCCACUACAUUGAGCCUUGUUUUAAAGGCAUCCUGGUCCAAGCAGAUCGAGAUAACCGAGAGCAUUUCAAACAGCUGGUGGACGAGCUGGUGGUCAAAGGUGUGGGGAUUGUGAACCCAGCCCUGAAUGAAGCUUUUCAGAUCCUCCAGCAGUUCCAGGAAGCCCGGCAAGGCAGCUUGUGCAAUCAGGCCAUCAUGCUCAUCACCGACGGUGCUGUGGAGGACUACGAGCCGGUGCUGGAGAAGUUCAACUGGCCGGACCGCAAGGUCCGACUCUUCACCUACCUCAUCGGGCGAGAAGUGACGUUUGCUGACCGCCUGAAGUGGAUUGCGUGCAAUAACAAAGGCUAUUACACACAGAUCUCUACGCUGGCGGACGCCCAGGAGAACGUGAUGGAGUACCUGCACGUGCUGAGCCGGCCCAUGGUCAUCAACCACGACCACGACAUCAUCUGGACGGAGGCCUACAUGGAUACCAAGCUGUUCACGUCACAGACUCAAAGCCUGAUGCUGCUCACCACCGUGGCCAUGCCCGUCUUCAGCAAAAAGAACGAGACGAGAUCCCAUGGCAUCCUUCUGGGCGUGGUGGGCUCUGAUGUGACCCUGAGGGAACUGAUGAAGCUAGCACCCCGUUACAGACUCGGCGUGCACGGAUACGCCUUCCUUAACACGAACAACGGCUACAUCCUGUCUCAUCCCGACCUCCGACCGUUGUACAGAGAGGGCAAGAAACUGAAGCCCAAACCCAACUACAACAGUGUGGACCUAUCUGAAGUGGAGUGGGAAGACCAAACCGAAACUCUGAGAACAGCCAUGAUCAAUGGAGAGACGGGCUCUCUCACUAUGGACGUGAAGGUUCCCCUGGACAAAGGGAAGCGAGUUCUCUUCCUGACCAAUGACUACUUUUUCACGGGCAUCAGCGACACACCUUUCAGCUUGGCCGUGGUGCUGUCGCGUGGCCACGGAGAGUACAUCGUGGUGGGGAACACAUCCGUGGAAGAAGGCUUACACGACUUGCUCCAUCCAGACCUGACUCUAGCCAGCGACUGGAUCUACUGCGUCACAGACAUUGACCCCGACCACCGCAAGCUCAGCCAGCUGGAGGCCAUGGUCCUCUUCCUGACAGGGAAGGACCCCGAACUGGAGUGUGAUGAGGAGCUGGUGCGGGAGGUGCUGUUGGACGCAGUGGUCACAGCCCCCAUGGAAGCCUACUGGACGGCGCUGGCCCUCAACAUUUCUGAUGAGUCGGAGCAGGAGGUGGACAUGGCCUUCCUGGGCACCCGAGCCGGCCUCCUGAGGGUCACCUUGUUCGUGGGCUUGGAGCAGGUCUCCAACAGGAAGUUCCUGACGCCCGAGGACGAGGCCAACGUGUUCACCAUGGACCACUUCCCCCUGUGGUAUCGCCAGGCCUCUGAGCGGCCUCCUGGCAGCUUCGUCUUCAACCUGCAGUGGGCAGAAGGCCCAGAGAACCAGGAGGAGCCGCUGGCUGUGACAGCCAGCACGGCCAUAGUGGUGACAGUGGACAAGAAGACAGCCGUGGCUGCAGCGGUGGGCGUGCAGAUGAAGUUGGAAGUCCUCGGGCGCCGACUGCAGGCAGCCACGCGCCAGUGUGAUGUGGCAGCUGGGUCGUGCGCACGGAGCUGUGAGGACAGUGAUCUAGACUGCUUGGUCAUAGACCACAACGGCUUCAUUCUCAUCUCGCAGAGGGUCCAUGAGACGGGGAGGUUCCUGGGGGAGGUGGACGGCGCCCUUCUGAGCCAGCUAGUCAGCAUGGGCGUGUUCAUCCGAGUAACCAUGUAUGACUACCAGGCCAUGUGCAAGCCUGCGAGCCACCACCACAGUGGGACCCAACCCCUGGCCAGCCCGCUCACGGCCUUCCUGACGGCGUCCCGGUGGCUGCUGCAGCAACUCUGUGUGUUCCUGCUUGAGUGGAGUACCUGGGGCUCCUGGCACGAGCGAGGGACCGAGGCCAAAGCUGUCUUCCAUUACUCUCACAAGCACAAGAAACAUGACGUGCUGCAGCCCUGUGACACCGAGUACCCGGUGUUUGUGCACCAAGAUGCCAUCCAGGAAGCCAACGGGAUCAUCGAGUGUGGUGCCUGCCAGAAGGUCUUCGUGAUACAGCAGAUCCCCAACACUAACCUUCUCCUGCUGGUGACGGACCCCACCUGUGACUGCAGCAGCUUCCCACCUGUCCUGCAGAAGGCCACAGAAGUGAAAUAUAACGCGUCGGUCAAGUGCCACAGGAUGCGCUCCCAGAAGCCCCGGCGCAGACCGGACUCCUGCCAUGCCUUCCACGCGGAGGAGAACGCCCAGGACUGCGGCGGCGCGGCAGACACCUCGGCCUCACUCGCCCUUCUGCUGCUGGCCCUGUGUGCCUGCUUCCGUGGGGUCCCCACCCUUGUCUAA